AUGGUCGGAGUCGAUGGGCCGAAGACAUCGGCCAGCCGGGCCGAGGGGACACUUUGGCGACGACUGAGCGGGCCGGGGCGCCUGGGUUCCCUUUCGACUCACCUACUUCGAGGCUUCAGAUUCUGCCGUCCUAGGGGGGUCCUUCGGCCAGUUGAUGUGCGCAAUGAAAUAACCCCUUCUCGACCCCUUCAACCCUUCAACCCUUCGCCAACUUCCUCUUCAGCCUCAUCUCCAUUGGCUUCGACUACGCCUACCAAAUUUAGUCAUGCAAACAAGUGUGUUCAUGCAGACGUAAGAUUGGUAUAUCACGGUGGUGGCUGUAAAAACAUUUAG